UGGACAGCUACGCUCUCCCCCCGGCGGCACGCACCAAGGACCGGUAAUAGUUGCGGGGAGCCGGAGGGGGUUGGUUGGAGGUUCCCGGAGGGGGGGAGGAUGGCAGCGUCCGUCGGCGUCAGUGGUUGGGGCAGUUAGCUGGCCGUUGACCGGACGUGAACUUCUCGCCAGCUUCCCCUUGGGUCUACUUCACUGGGGGAGGGGGCGGGGGAGCAAACAAGGAAGUGGACGCAGCGGGGACACUUUUGACGACCUUCUCGCGGGGGCCAAAGAACAAUGCUCCGCAUCAACGCAAUGUCAAGUUGACCCGGUGAGAAACUGCGUCAUGUUGUCCUCCGUCGCCGCGACUUUGCCGCUGUCCUGACACGGGCAGACCACGUCUUUGUAGUGCCUCAAGUCGGGGUUUCUACCUCUUCACUUGAACCCCUCUGGUGAGGCUCUCGGUCACAACAACACCAAGUUCCUCAGAAAGCCAGACCGAUAUCUCCUGCGGCCGAAUCUGGGAAUCGCAACUUAAUCCCGACUUGGACAUGUCACACACCUGAUGUCCGAAAGCCGUGACGGACGGCGGCCAGACGCCGGGGACGGUCCUGAGCGUGGCGGCGGAGAAGUCUGCUCCGACGACGACGACGAGCCCGCCAUGCGGCCGACGCAGGCGGACGUAAAGAUCGACGUCUUCCGAGAAGAAGGCGGGGAGGACGAAAACGGCGACUCGCCAUCCGAGCGGCAGAUAGUGGUGGGCAUCUGUUGCAUGAUGAAGAAGUCCAAGUCUAAGCCCAUGACUCAUAUCUUGGAGCGCCUCUGCAAGUUUGACUACAUCGAGGUGGUCAUCUUUCCCGAGGACGUCAUCCUGGAGGAGCCCGUGGACAAAUGGCCGCUAUGCGACUGCCUCAUAUCCUUUCACUCCAAAGGUUUCCCGCUGGACAAAGCUGUGGAAUAUGCUCAACUCAGGAAUCCGCUGCUCAUCAAUGACCUCAACAUGCAGUAUUUCAUACAGGACAGGAGGGAAGUGUAUCGCAUCCUUCAAGAAGAGGGCAUCGAGCUACCUCGAUACGGUGUGCUCAAGAGAGACCCGGACAAUCCGGAAGCGUGCCCGUGUCAAGAGUGCAACCUGGUGGAGGCGGAGGACCACGUGGAGGUGAACGGGGAGGUGUUCCCCAAGCCUUUUGUGGAGAAGCCCGUGUGCGCCGAGGACCACAACGUCUACAUCUACUACCCGACGUCCGCGGGCGGCGGCAGCCAGAGGCUUUUUCGAAAGAUCGGCAGUCGCAGCAGCGUAUAUUCCCCGGAGAGCAGCGUUCGGAAGACGGGGUCGUACAUCUACGAGGAGUUCAUGCCCACAGACGGGACUGACGUGAAGGUGUAUACCGUGGGUCCGGAUUACGCCCACGCGGAGGCCCGGAAGUCUCCCGCGCUGGACGGCAAAGUGGAGCGAGACUGCGAAGGGAAGGAGAUCCGUUACCCCGUCAUGCUGACCGCCAUGGAGAAGCUGGUCGCCCGCAAAGUCUGCCUGGCCUUUAAACAAACGGUGUGCGGUUUCGACCUGCUCCGAGCCAACGGCCACUCGUUUGUGUGCGACGUCAACGGCUUCAGCUUCGUCAAAAACUCCAUGAAGUAUUACGACGACUGUGCCAAGGUGCUCGGAAACAUGGUGAUGAGAGAGUUGGCCCCCCAGUUCCACAUUCCCUGGUCCAUUCCGAUGGAGGCCGAAGACAUCCCCAUUGUGCCCACAACCUCAGGAACCAUGAUGGAACUGCGCUGCGUCAUCGCCAUUAUUCGCCAUGGCGACCGCACACCAAAGCAGAAAAUGAAAAUGGAGGUUCGACAUCCUCUAUUCUUUGAGUUGUUUGAGAAGUGCGGCGGUUACAAAUCAGGAAAGCUAAAGCUGAAAAAACCAAAACAGCUUCAGGAAGUGCUGGACAUCGCUCGUUUGCUGCUGCUUGAACUUGGCCAACAUAACGACUGUGAAAUUGAGGAGAAGAAGUCCAAACUGGAGCAACUCAAGACCGUCCUGGAGAUGUACGGUCAUUUCUCAGGUAUCAACAGGAAAGUCCAGUUGACGUACCUGCGCAACGGACAGCCGAAAGCCUCCAGCGAAGAGGAAGACUCCAAGAGGGAGGCUCCGUCUCUGCUGCUGGUCCUCAAAUGGGGCGGCGAGCUGACGCCCGCCGGCCGGGUUCAGGCCGAGGAGCUGGGCAGAGCCUUUCGCUGCAUGUACCCCGGAGGACAAGCCGGUCGCCGCCGGGCCCUCGGCUGCGAGUCCCCUAUUGAUUUUGGCGACUACGCCGGCUUCCCGGGCUGCGGCCUCCUGCGCCUGCACAGCACUUACCGCCACGACCUGAAGAUCUACGCCUCCGACGAAGGCCGGGUGCAGAUGACGGCGGCGGCGUUUGCCAAGGGCCUCCUCGCUCUGGAAGGGGAGCUGACGCCGAUUUUGGUGCAGAUGGUGAAGAGCGCCAACAUGAACGGGCUGCUCGACAGCGACAGUGACUCGUUGACCGACUGCCAGCAGAAGGUGAAAGCCAGGCUGCACGAGAUCAUGCAGAAGGACCAGGAGUUCUCGCCGGAUGACUAUCGGAAGCUCGCGCCAACAAGCAGCCCGUCACUGGUCAACUCCAUGAGGGUCAUCCAGAACCCGGUCAAAACCUGCGACAAAGUCUACGCUCUCAUCCAGAGCCUCACCUCGCAAAUUCGCAAACGUCUGGAGGAUCCCAAGUCUUCAGACCUGCAACUGUACCACAGCGAGACGCUGGAGCUGAUGCUGCAGCGCUGGUCCAAACUGGAGAGAGAUUUCCGCACGAAGAGCGGCCGCUACGACAUCAGCAAGAUCCCGGACAUCUACGACUGCAUCAAGUACGACACGCAGCACAACUCCUCGCUGGACCUGGCGGACACCCUGGAACUCUUCCGCCUCUCGCGGGCGCUGGCCGACAUCGUCAUACCGCAGGAAUACGGCAUCAGCAAAGCGGAGAAGCUGGACAUCGCUCAGGCGUACUGCGUCCCCCUGAUGAAGAAGAUCCAGCUGGACCUGCAGAGGACGCACGAGGACGAGGCCGUCAACAAACUGCACCCGCUGUACUCGCGGGGGGUGAUGUCGCCGGGUCGCCACGUCCGCACGCGCCUCUACUUCACCAGCGAGAGCCACGUCCACUCCCUGCUCAGCGUCUUCCGCUACGGCGGACUCUUGGACGAUGAAAAAGACCAGCAGUGGAAGCAAGCCAUGGACUACCUGAGCGCCGUGACCGAGCUCAACUACAUGACCCAGAUCGUCAUCAUGCUGUACGAAGACAACAACAAGGAGCCCUCUUCGGAGGAGCGUUUCCACGUGGAGCUGCACUUCAGCCCGGGGGUCAAAGGCUGCGAGGACGAGGAAAACGUGCCUCUGGGCUUCGGUUUCCGGCCGGCGUCUUCGGAGAAUCAGGACAAAAAGCCCAACCAGGGCAGCCUGGAGGAUCUCUCUCAGGACCAAACGGACCAGGCUCUUCUUGUGUCCGAGCCCAUCAACAUCCUGAGACGCCCGCCCAUGAUUCGCAACCGCAAGACGGGCUCCAUGGAGGUCCUCUCUGAGACCUCGCCCAGCCACUCGUCCAAAGGCUGCACGUCGCACCGACUCUUCCCUUCGGGCUCGCGCCAGUCGCCCGAGAUCAAAGCAGCCAGCGGCUUAGGCUCACACUGCUCUGGCCUCUUCAGCGCCUCCAUGCUGGGGGUGUCCUGUAGCGCCCCCAACCUGCGGGACUACGUACGCACGCAUCACCAUCACCACCGAAAACCCCCCCUGUCCCCCGGCAGCCUGCCCUGCCAGAUUGGCAUGUUUGAGCUGUUGUCUAUGCCGGCAGUAAAGAGAUUUUCUGUGUCGUUUGCCAGGCAUCCGACUAACGGUUUCGAAGGCUGCUCGAUGGUGCCCUCUAUCUACCCGCUGGAGACACUGCACAACUUGCUCUCACUGAAGCAGGUGGACGAGUUCCUCAACGCCGUGUGUGAGAGCAGCAGCGAGGCCCACGCCAAGACCAUGAAGGCGCUGUCGGGACUCUUCGACUCUCAGAGCCAGGCGUCGUCGCCCUACGGCCCCCAACAGCCGCUCUCGUCGUCGGGCUCCGAGGCGUCGCUGCGACCGGCCAGCCGGCCGCCUUGGCAUGGCAGUGUUCCCUCCAGUGCUGUGUCCAGCGCUGGCCCCUCUUCCCCCAUCACGGAGAACUCUGCCCUCAACUUCAACUUCAGCGAGUAAACCCAAGCGCACACACACACACAGCCACACACAAACACACAAACACACGCAGCCGCACAUACACCGUCUUGUUGAAUGCACUUUAUGCUCACUCCCUAUUUGUUUAGUUGACUGGAGCAAUUAGCCCGCACCCAGUACUGGACUAGAAACUCCUGUGGACUGCAAAUAUGUCGUAUUUGAACACCAGGCGUGCCUUUGGCUUCCGCUGCUGUGUUUUGAUUUUUAGCUUUUUUUGAGCAGGAAAGUUUCAACUUUGUUUUUGGAAGAAUUAGCACCAACGUUAGAAGUGUUCAAAUCAUUUCACACAAAUCGCCGUAUGAUUUGGGUUUGCCGUUUGUCAUAGUUUUGCUUUGGCGUCCGAACCGACCGCCUUUAUUUUUGCCAAAAAUUGUCAAAUUUGCGGAGCAAAACCGAACAACCAAAGUUCCUGCACACGCUUGAGGUGGGCUUGAUUUGCCGGGGCCCAUCUCUGGAGCUCCUUAGCGGAUGCGACGUUUGUCACCGCGUUCGAUGUUUUCACGUCUUUGUCUCCGAGAAGAGAAGAGAAGACCGCCAAAGUGCGACUGAACCAAAACAAGCAAAUAAAACCACUCGAGCGCAGAUUUCAAGUUCCGUCUUUUUGUUUUGGCUGCAUGACGACAGUUUGCGCGCGUUUCGGUACCGCCACCCAAAGAUGUCGGACUUGAGCCGAUCGUGAUGAAUGCUGCCUAGCAACAGAUGACAAGCCAAAGUUGGGACAGAAAUGGCCUCUUCCUCCAUCCCGUCGCCUCCUUCAUUCGUCUCCUGGCUUUCUUAUCUCCUCUUCUUGUGCCCUUUGUCAUGUCCUCGUCUUUCCUUUCCUCUUCACCUCCUCGUCCUCUCACGUCUUCAUUUUCUCCCUUCACCUCCUUUUUAUUCUCAUCUCCUUGCUUCCUUUCCUCCUUGUUUCCUUGUUUCCUCGCCUCACUUCCUUGUCUCCGUAGCUUGCGGUCUUCUAUUCCUGGUCUUCUCAUUUAAAAAAAAAAAAAAAAAAAUUAAUCCUCUUCCGCUUUUUACCUUCCCCCCCUUCUCCCCGGCAUGUCCUACCCCCUCCCCCCCACCUUCAGAAAGCCUUUGAUGAAAAGUGAUGAGUCAUGGCUGCUCUUAUUGCUACUGUACGUUGCCAUGGUGACACCCUCAGAUGUAAUUGACUCUCUGAGAGUCUGCGCUCCCAAAGCACCCCCCCCCCCUCCCAUCCCCCAGCUUUGAUAUCCUUCGAGAUACUUGAAUACACUAUUUGGUGCACCCUCUGAAGCGGUUCCUUUCCAAAUAGUUGUAUGUACUGCUUGUAUUCGUUUUUGAUCCUGUUAAGCCGUUGUUGUACGAGACUGCAUCAACAUUGAAGAGAUAUCAAAUCAUUUGUAAUAAAAUGUUGUUCAUUCAUAA